AUGAAACGAACUUGCAGCCAUUAUAAACUUCGGUUAUACGACGACGGCGACACGCAAAGAUUAUUGGCGAGCUUCGACCCUAAAAUUAUGGUUGAGAAAAAAGAAGAGGAAAAGAGGCGCCGUUCUCGCUCGGCGUCAUCCAGUAGCAGCUCUUCUUCUGGAAGCUCUUCCAGCAGUGGUUCAUCAGGAUCUUCUCGCUCUUCAAGCAGUUCGAGCUCUUCUCGUUCUCCAUCACCACGAAGCAAAAGGGAGGCUGGAAAGGCGACAACAGUACGUGCUCGUUCCCGUUCGCCGCGUAGGUCACCUGCUAGGGCAAGAGCUGACAGAGGAGCAGGUGAUCGCCCUAGCCGGCGUUCUCCUUCCCCUCGUCGCCGUCGCGUUUCGACCUCGCCGAAACGCCGCGAUCGUAGCAGCAGCCGUGGUCGCCGUCGCUCUCCUCGUCGUUCUUCGCCGCGUCGCACAUCUGUCCUACCCUCCCAUCGCAGGUCUCAAAGAGGAUAUGCUAUCAAACAGUCUUUGUCCUAUUGA